AUGCUGGGCUCGGUGGGCCGAGGGUACAGUGUGGCCCUGCUGCUUCGGGGUCGAGAAACAGAGGCACCCCGGCUUGUGCCUCAGCUGCUGCAGAUGCUGUUUGAAGAAGCUCUGCCCCUCAGGGGCUCUGAUGCCGUGCUUAGUACACUUAGCCUGGUGCAGCUCAGCACCAGUGGGAGGAGUCGGGACCUGCUUGCUCCAGGCUCAGAGAACCUGUCAGUGCUGGAUGUGUCCCCUCUGGGCUUGGUGGUAGAAAAUGCCAGUGAAGUGGAGGUGUCUGACUCAAGAGCUGCCUCAGAGCUGUACUUGCAGGCUGCAGGUGGUGAAGACAGAGACUGUCCCUUGCUGCAGGUGUUGGCUGGUAAGGUUGUUGGUGAGGAGGUGGAGGGCUCUCUGCCCUGGAUUGUCUCAUGUCUCCUGGAAGGAAACAACUACAGUGGCCUUCUUCUUCGCCUGGACCCUCAAGGCAGCUCCCUGGGCUUGCUCCAGGCUGCUCUGUUGGGGGCCGCAGAAAGGAGGAUGAAGGUGAGACAGGUGAGGCCCACCCUCUGGGAUGCAGGAGAAGAGGCCCGGGCCCGGCGGGCUGGCCUGAAGAGCCUGCGUUCAGGCCUCCUUGGGGACGCCCUGACAGAUAGUGGGCUCGGCCAGCUGGGCAGGGCACUGCGGGAGUUGCAGGUGGUAAAAGCCUGGAGCCAGCGCUCAGGAAGCUGGAUGCUCAAAACAGUCAAAACUGAGGCUAUGGGGCUCCCAGAACCACAGGCCCAGCAGGCCCCGGAUGUGGCCCUGCAGUUCUUCCUGGCUCAGGCCCAGAGGCAGAGACUGCGAGAACAGCACCAAAUUUGGAUCCAAGAGGAACUGAAGCAUUUGCAACAGGAGGAAGAAGUGGUGGCAGGGGUCCACAUCAAAGGCCUGGUGGCUGAAGAGGUUUCCGAGGAGAGGCAGAGAUGGCACCGGGAGUGGACAGGGCUGAGACUCCAGCUGGAGGCCCUUCAGGCAGAACGGGACACUGCGGAGCGGGACCUGACAGCCCUCUAUGACCUGCACGUGCAGGCUGCCAGGGCUUGGACGUGCCACGUGCUGCAGGUAUUCCGAGCCUGGCGGGGGCUGUGGGAGGAACAGGCCAUGGCCACAGAGCAUCACUAUCACAGCCUGCUGGCUGGCAUCCUGCAAGACACCAUCAACCUGGCCACGCAGAACCAGGAGCUCCAAGCCCAGAGCCAGCGACUUCAGCAGACUAGGCUGGGCGCAGGCAUGCUGGAUCCCCGCCCUGAGGAGAAAUGUGGGGAUCAGGAAUCCUUCAGGGGCAGUCUCCUCUCUCCUCAUUCGUAAAGGUCCUAGAAGGGAGAGGAGUUGGGACACAACAGCCAAGCUAACCUUCAUUAUGGAUAACUAAUAACACCACU